GAGGAGGAUAUGUGAAAAGACAAGUCCUCUGGUCUGCACCUUUCCAUAGGAUGAGUGAGUCUUUUCCAACUCAUUAAGGAGCACGAACUUUUGGCUGGCGAAUGAGCUGCAGCAGACCUCCGGAAAGGUGCGAACAAGCUGGCUUGGGGCAGGAGCAACGCUGCUAGGCAGCACGUGGCAGCAGAACGGGGGCAGCUCCUCGAAACCCUAGAAGUGCCUCGCUUCCCCGGGCCCCGCCAUGUGAGCUCUAAGAGUAACUUAACGCGGGCUGCGGGCGGGGUCUUGGUGAUGUAACAGGAAGCUCUGAUGGCUCGCUGCUGCCGCCGCUCCUCACUCAGCAGCUGAACCUCUCCCGGCGCUGCCCAGAGCCGGGCUUCUCUGCCGGGCGCCUCUGCUGGCACCGCCGGACUCUCGGACUGGACCGUGCCCAGCGGGCGUCUGCGCGAUUCCCAGCCGUCCGGGCGGGGAGGCAAAGGAGCAGCUCUCCGCUCCGUUGCUGGAAAGGGAGAUCCAAGUGAUCGAGCUCUGAACAACUCCGCGUGUUUUUGUGCUGCUCUGACAUUUUGUCAACAUGGAUUAACAACAAAAAUGAAAAUUUAGAGAUCUGAAUUGCUAUUGGAAUUUGCCCUUCUUAUCCCACGGACAUUGUCUUCUACUGGGAAAACAGUUUAAUUCAAUCGCAGUAUAAAAUACACUACAUUGGAUAUAAAAAUGACAAAAAACUGGGUCACAUUUUUGCUGUUCUUCCUCUCAGUUACUAUGCUAUUUGCCACUGCUAUUCCAUCCGAAGGUCAUCAGAAUAUGACAGAGGACUUGGGUCAACUGAGUGUUACACGGAAUAAAAUUAUGACAGCGCAGUAUGAAUGCUACCAGAAAAUUAUGCAAGAUCCUAUUCAUAGGAAAGAAGGUCCUUACUGUAACAGGACGUGGGAUGGCUGGUUGUGCUGGAGUGAUGUUGCUGCAGGAACUGUAUCAGUACAGCAUUGUCCUGACUACUUCCAAGAUUUCAAUCCAUCAGAAAAAGUUACAAAGAUCUGUGAUCCAAGUGGGAACUGGUUUAGACACCCAGAAAGCAACAGGACAUGGACGAACUACACCCAGUGUAAUAUCUAUACGCAUGAGAAAGUGAAGACUGCUCUGAAUUUGUAUUAUUUGGCUAUCAUAGGACAUGGUCUUUCAAUUGCAUCACUUCUGAUUUCUCUUGGCAUAUUCUUUUAUUUUAAGAGCUUGAGUUGCCAAAGGAUUACCCUACAUAAAAAUCUCUUUUUCUCUUUUGUUUGCAACUCUGUUGUAACAAUAAUUUCACUGACUGCAAUUGCCAACAAUCAGGAGUUAGUUGCAGCUAAUCCAGUUAGCUGCAAAGUGUCAAUGUUUAUCUACCUGUAUCUAAUGGGUUGCAACUACUUCUGGAUGCUAUGCGAAGGCAUUUACCUGCACACUCUUAUUGUGGUGGCGGUUUUUGCUGAGAAACAGCACUUGAUGUGGUAUUACCUUCUUGGCUGGGGUUUUCCACUGAUCCCUGCCUGCAUACAUGCUGUUGCUAGAAGCUUUUAUUAUAAUGACAACUGUUGGAUCAGCUCUGAUACUCAUCUGCUCUACAUCAUCCAUGGCCCUAUUUGUGCUGCUCUAUUGGUGAAUCUUUUCUUCCUGUUAAAUAUUGUCCGUGUACUUAUAACCAAGCUGAAAGACACCCACAAGGCAGAAUCCAACCUAUACAUGAAAGCAGUACGAGCUACCCUCAUUCUGGUUCCCCUGCUUGGCAUUGAAUUUGUGCUGUUUCCAUGGCGACCAGAAGGUCGAAUCACUGAGGAAGUCUAUGACUAUGUGAUGCACAUCCUUAUGCAUUACCAGGGCCUACUGGUAGCUACAAUUUUCUGCUUCUUCAAUGGAGAGGUCCAAGCUGUUUUGCGAAGACACUGGAAUCAGUACAAAAUCCAGUUUGAGCACAGUUUCAGCCACUCAGAUGCUAUGCGCACCGUCUCCUAUACAGUAUCAACAAUCAGUGAUGUUCAAGGCUACAGCUACAAUCACGACUGUACCAGCGAACAUUUAAAUGGCAAGGGCUAUCAUGACACGGAGAGUGUAGUUUUAAAAACUGAAAAGCUCUAUGGUUGACUGAAAAGACUCUGCAUAUGCCAGUGUUCACCCUCAUAGUUUAUGAACUUGAAGUUUGAUUUAAUGACUUAAUGGCCAGAAGAUUUUAUCUAACUUGGAGUAUGAUUUUCUCCUGAAUGAUGCAAACUAAAACAACACAUUUUUGUAUGUAUAUAUACAUGUGUUUCUGUUUAUGUCUAUUGAUAUAGUAUGGACAUCCAUACAUACAUAUAUAGCUAGGUAGAUAUAUGUGCAUUUAUAUAAGCAUACAAACUUUGCCUCUUCAGUUUCUACUAUGUAGACAAAGUUGGCAAUUUUUUGUACAAAGGGAAUCAAUGAAUGAAGGAUUUUGUAUUUUCUUGGAAGUUCGUAUAAAGACUGGGUUGUACUGAAGCCACUUCAUUUGUCUAUAGAAACUUAGGGUGUAAAUACCAUACUGUAUUGUCUUAAUUAAACCUAAAAGUGAACAAAGGAAAAUUGUUAAAAUAGGUGCAAUAGUUACAGAAGAAUGUCCAGGUUAAUUUUAUGUCCAGCAUUUGAUUGCCAAAAACAUACAAAAAACAAAAACAAAAACAAAAAAUGCCAACAGUUAUUCUAAGAUAAUAGUCUCAUGACAUUAAUGCUGAACCAGUUCGAUUUUGCAACUGUUUUUAAUGAAACAUCAGAGAUGCUAGUGCAAGUCUAAGAUUCUAUUUACUUGUGUAUUGCAGCAUAACAGUUUACAGCAAGCCUUGAACGAUUUUAUUUAAACUGUUUUCGUAUACACAGGAGUGUCUCCUCCUCCUCAAGCUUAUGAAUGCACAUGAGAUCAAUGAUGAAGCCUUACUGAAAAGUAAGAAAGAGUACAGAAAGAAUAGUAACCCGAAUACCUGUAAAUCCAUCUCAAUGUUACAUUAAUUCAAGCUGAUGGAACUUCGCUGUGUGCUUAAGCACUUUACUCUGCUGGGAAAAAUCAUGUACAGAUUUUGUUGUAGCCAUGUUAUUUGUUUUGUUUUUCUUUUAAGUAUUUCUGUGGCCAAUAUGCUUGAUAAAAUUAUUCCUUCGGUUUGGGGGACAAUGUUUUGUUUAAGUUUGUGGCUUGUUUAGUCAGAGAAAAGCAGACCGGACUGAACACAGUGCAAAUGAUACGCUACCUUUAAAGCCAGUGUAUGAGGUAGAUUAAUCAAGUAAAUUAAUGUCAAUAACAUAUUAUUCCAUUGUUUUGAAAAUCCAGUAUAGGAUUUACCUUAGAAAACUUUAAGGAUUAAGCAUUUUAAUAUUAUUUGAGGGGUGCUUGAUUCAGAACAGUUCUUUUUAAGAAAGUUGUUUCUUUGGUUCUACUGGUUUAUAGAGGUCUCAGUGAAAAAUGAGAAGGUUGUGGAGAAGGUAUUGAAAAAAUAUGUCUGUGUUUGUACGUCUUUAUACUUUAAAGAAAGAGUAGUUAUCUUAAGUGAAACAAAAUGUUCAAGUAUAAGAAAUGAAUUUGUAUAAGUAAGUCUUACUAAAAAGCUCAGAAGUAGAAAAAGAUUUUAUAAGUCUGUUUUGCAGAAAGUCUACUUCAAAGUUGGAGGAGAAAAAAAGAAGAGUGGAUAGAGGAGCUUAUCAACAAUUACAAUGCUAACAUGCAUCAGGUAAGCAAGUCAAAAAACUGACAGCUUUUUCUGAAACCACUUUACUUCUAAGUACUUAAUUUUGUUUAUGAAGAACUUGACUUUUACAUCUAAACACUUCUGUCAGUAGCCUUUCUAUAGGCUUCAUUAACAUAGAAUUAAUUUGCUGUCUCGGUGUUUAUUAUUUUGUAACUUUAUAAGGCUUCACAUGCUUUGCAUUUAGAAGGAAAAUGUUAGGAGGAUGCAGUAAAUUCGUGCUACUUGCACUUUUUGUGUUUUUUUAAUAUUUCUUUUGUCUAGAAUUUGAAUUUAGAGUUUUGUUAAUGAUGUAGUUUCAUGAUACAGAAUCUCAGCUAAGAUAUUAAAAUCAAGAUUUCUGUUAAUCUACAAGGCUAUCUGCUCGAGUGGUGGAAAUAACAUGAAAAAUCAGUUGGAUGCUGUACUAGAGUAGUGUAAAAUCUGAAAAUACUGUCUCACAGCAUCUGAUGAUGGUAUCUAUUCCAACACGAUUAGAAGUUGGUUACAACUCAACUUGCUCAUUUUUUUAAUAAGUAAUUAAGUAAUUAAGCUUUACUUAAGAAUCUUUGCAAUGUUCCAAAAAUGGAAUAUUUACUGGUAUAAAUCUUUGAGUUCCAAGUUUAGAAUCAGUGGGUACCAGCUGAGAAUCAAAGCCUAUGCAGAUACUUGUAUAUUGGAAAGUGCUUCACAGUCCUGUAUGGUGUAUUAUGUGACAAUUAUUUCAGUGGUACCUGGUGGGUUGUUACAGUUAAAAUGUAACAACUGAGAUAGAUUUUGAAUUCAGUUUACUUCUCAGCUAGGCAGUUAAAAUUAAAUUUAAAAGCCUGCAAAUUUGUGUCUUUUAAUACAAAGUACUAAAUGCUAGUAGCUCAAUGUCCUCUGCUGAGAGACACUUGUAAUUCAGUGGGGGAGACUGCUUUUCCACAGAAACUAUCCUGCUACUAGGUGGACAGUCACAGCAUGUUUCUAGGUGCACUUUUGAAACGGUAACACAGCAAGCUGGAUAUGCAAGAAAACAUUCGUGGCUGUACAGGGAGAGUACAUUCCCUCCUCCUCAUGAGGUUCUAGUUUGCAUCGAAAAUUAUAAAUUCCAUAUUUUGUCUUCCUACCUCUCCUUUUUCAGUUCCUACAUAGCAAAGAGUAGAGUCUGCUUCUUAAUUUAUUCUUUUUUUUUUUUUUUUUUGGUCACUAUAAAUUAAAAUCAAAUCUUUCUGCUGAGAUUUCUUCUUGUGGGUUAUAUUCUACUUUAUUGGAAUACUGUAGUCAUUGCCUGUAAUGUCUGGAAUGGAAGAAAACUUUUGGGGGGCUGUGAGAUUCUUUUCAACAGGCAGACAGUUAUCUAUCAUUGUUAUUUGCUCUUUUGUUAUUUACUGAGCACUUAUUGUAUCACUUUGAAGGGGGCUACAAAAAUGCUUGUCUUACAUUUAGUAUAUGGAACUCUACAACGUUAGUUAUAUAUUAAAUGGAAUGUCUAUUUUUAAUGCUACUGUCAUCAAUUAGUAAAUGCCACAGUUUGAUUCUCCACUGCAGGGUCCCCUCAGUUUAUUAUUACAGUGAAAUAUUACCAGCUAUUCUAUGUAUUUUUUUUUUUCAUUGUGACGAUCUCUUAGAGUGCUUGGCUGUAGAAAUGCUGCAACACAUACUCUUGUUCAUGUUGUGAAACAUUUGGGCUGGAAACCCGAUAACAUUCAAAUAUUGUACUGUGUAAAUAAGACUAAUAGAAGCUAUAGCAUUGUAUUUAUUGCUUCCACUAAGAAUGAAAUAGAAAGAAAGGUGAAAAGUUAUUUUUUGGUUGUGCUUUAUUUUCACUUCUUUCAUAUGAGUCAUAACACAUUUUAUUUGCAGAAAGAAAUAUUAUGUUUGCGAUCAAUAAAAUAUUACUACAUUUAUACAGA